AUGGAGUCUCCGAGGAACCAUGGAGGCUCUGGGGAAGAAGAAGAAGAAGAAGAAUACAGCAGCUGUGAGUCAGGGUGGACUAUGUACAUAGAAGACGCCUUCCAUGGAAAUGACCACUCUUCCAUUGUUGUUGAUGAUGAGGAGGAUGAUGAUGGUGACAUCGAUGACGAUUCACAGGUAAAAGAGGCUGAUGAUGGUGAUAGUAGUGAUGAUGAGGAGAGUGAUGACUCGAUGGCUUCAGAUGCAUCUUCAGGGCCUAGCAAUCAGCAUUCAAAGAACAUCAACAAACAUGCAGCUAAGAAGAAGAUAGGUAGACACCUUGAGAAACGCCAAUACACAGAGAAAUCAUUAAGCAACGAAGGAGAUAAAUCAGAGCUCAAAGCUAGAACAAGUGCAGGUAGUCGUGUCCAGAGUAGAGGCAAGGUGAACAAAACCAAAUAA